UGAAAUCAUUGCAGCUUAAAAGUUGUUGAGAACCCUGAAAAAAACUCCAUCCAUAUACAUCUAAACCUGGAUACAUUAAAUCAUGUUGUUCUAGUUUCAUUUGACAGAGGGAGCAGUCGGCAGUAUUAUGUAAGGUUGAAAAGAACUGCUGCUACUUCCUGUAAAUGGUGGAGGGAGGGGUGAGCAGAGCUACCAAAGCACCGCCUUGUUUUUUCUAUACGGGGUGUCUUUAUCCUAUAACAGGGUUCGGUGGGUUCAGAGCUUACGUUCAGUUUCAGUUUCAUCUUGAUAAGAGAGCAGUGCAGCUGUUACUGGGUGUGGUCUGGUGAACAUAUAAAAGCAUCUGCAGUUUCUUGCAGACAUUCAGAACUCUGCUUCUUCAUUUAAACUGCAGAAUCUUCUCUGUGCUCUUUGACUCAAACAUGGCCAGCAAGUCUUACAACCCAGACAUGACUGACAACUCGGGACAGAUCAUAACAAAUAACAAGCAGCUGAGGAUAGUGAUGGUGGGGAAGACUGGAGCUGGGAAGAGUGCUGCUGGAAACACCAUCCUGGGACGAAAGGGCUUUGAAUCAAAGUGCACGUCUAAGUCUGUGACUGUUGACUGUUUCAAGCAUGAAUGUGUGAUAGAUGGGCAACAGAUUGCUGUCAUUGACACUCCGGGCCUGUUUGACAACAGGUUUGAGGUGAUUAAAACAGUCAAAGAUGUGAGCCAGUGCAUUCAUUUCUCUGCUCCUGGACCCCAUGUGUUUCUGGUGGUCAUUGGUGUGGGCAGAUUCACUGCAGAGGAAAAGCAGACGGUGCAAAAGAUUCAAGAAAUAUUUGGCCAGGAUGCAGACAGAUACAGCAUGGUUCUCUUUACUCGUGGUGAUGAUCUUGAAGAAACGACCAUCGAGAAAUUCAUAAAUGACGACACCGACCUUCAAGAACUUGUGGCCAGAUGUAACAACCAGUACCACGUCUUCAACAAUAAGGAGAAGAAGGAUCGCUCACAGGUCAAUGAGCUGCUCCGGAAGAUCAGAGAUGUAGUGCAGAGGAACGGAGGAAGCCACUACACCAACGAGAUGUUCCAAAAGGCCGAGAGGAAAAUCGAAGAGGAGAAACAACGCAUCCUGAAAGCAAAAGAAGAAAAAAUACGAAAAGAGAGAGAGGAACUGGCGAAGGAACUUCUGAAAGAACAUGAAAAAAACAUGAAGAAAAUGCAAGAGCAACACGAGGCUGAGAGAGAGAAGGAGAGGAAAGAGAGAGAAGAAGAGAGGAGGAGGGUGAAGCAGGAGAUGGAGGAGCAGAGGCAGAGAGAGAAGGAGGAGAGAGAAGCAGAGAGAAUCAGAAUAAAAGAGGAGAUGGAUAAGGAGAGACAGAGGGAGAAGGAAGAGAGAGAAGCAGAGCGAAUCAGAGUUAGCCAGGAGAUGGAGAGACAGAAAAGGGAGAUGAAUGAGGAGAGACGAAGGGAGAUGAUGGAGAGAGAAAUCAGCCAACAGCAUGUUUAA